AUGUGCCCAGGCGGCCAUUCUACUACCUUGGGCUGUCCAACUACCUCGGGCUCUCCGUCUACGUCGAGCUGUCCAUCUACUUCGAGCUGUCCAUUGGGCCAUCCGUCUACCUCAACCGGCCCAUCUACGUCGAAUAGCAGCCACUCUAGCUCGUCGGACGAGCCCUAUGAGAUUGACGGUGUUCCUUACUGCCCUUGGUGUCAUCAAUCGCUGCAACCCAGGCGCUGUGCCAACGGUAGGGCGGAUCAUAUUAACCGCUACUUUGUCGUCUGCGAGAAUGUCCACGCUCAUCCGUUGGGAUGGGGCGACAAGCUCAGGAAGUUCUGGCACUGGUAUCCUCUCUUUGGCGCCCCAGAGCACAUCAUGCUCCUCUCAGACAACUCCUGGACACCUCUAUCCUCGCCCGCCUCAUCUCCUCCCGCACGUUCUCCCGCUGCCACCGUUCCACUACCAGCACUUUCUAUUCCUCAAAGCAUCCCAUCGGCACCUUCCACUUCGGCUGCUAGUCAGCCAGUACCUCAUGCCCGUACCUAUCCUCCCCUUGGACCCUUCGUCGCCGGUGCCCUCAAGUGUACAUGGGAAGGCGGCUGCCCCAAAUCGGCGCCGAACCAGCGGAACUCACGCUGCUCCAAGACGAUGUGUAAAAAACAUUGUAUUGCGGCUGAUCGGAUCGGAUGCUCGACGGCCAAGGACCAUAGCCCUGAGUGCGCUGGCAAGCUUCAGAAGGCGAGUUUAGCUGCUCCCGCGCCCUCUGCUCCUGCGCUGUCCGGAUCUAUGGCACCCCCUCCUCCUCGCAGCACCCCGUCUUAUUCUGCUCCAUCUCUAUCGCUGCCUCGGUGGUCAGUUCCCGAGCUUACAGAUGAAGAGUGGGGUCUGAACCCUCAAUUCGACGACCUAUCCGUGCUUUCGGAGGUUGCGGUCAAUUUCCCCGACUUAGGAUUCUCUUCAAUCGACUCUCCAGCCCUCGAUAAUCUGCCGCUUGACUCGCCAACGCCCCACUCUACUGCUUCUUUCUCUCAGCCCUCGAUGCCACCUCCAUCUCAGACUUCUAUACCACGCCCUUCGCAACUUAACUCACGGCAGCCUCGCAUUGGCGCACGCUCGGCCCCCACCACUCAGUUGAAUGACGACUGGGUGACGAAGGCCAACGACGCCAGCGUCCAGCAGAGUCUGCUCCACCGAGACGAGCAGGAACAGCUCGCUCGCGCAGAGGAAAGUACCCAGGAGAUUGAGAUCAUUGUUUUUAUCACCAACAAUGAUCCACCCAUCAAGCUCGCUCUUCAAGGAUCCAACGCGCCGUCUCACCAAACAAAAUCGGCCAUCCCGUACUGGCCGUACUUCGACCUCGUCUCGGCCUCCAAGCGCACUCCUCAGCUGCCGAACAUUGACGACCGCACGCUCGUCGAAGUCUGGGACAAACGGAGGAAGGAUUGGUUGGCAGUUGUCUCCUCCUUCAGGUUUACCGUCAAGCACAAGGACGUCUUGGUCUUCCGGAUCAACGGCGUCACGCGGUGCCCCAGCGUGAAGGAUUACACAGCGCCUUCCUACAGGCAUGGCCUCUCCGCCGACCGCUCGAAAAUCCGUGCAAAACUGAAGCAGCCAGCUCGCGUCAAGCGUACUAGAUCGCCGACUCCCGAGCCCAUGUCUUCCUCACCCAGCCAGUCCUCGGUUUCGUCUCUCAACUCGCCUCCUUCGUCCUCAGAAGCUGCUCGCCCUAGCAAGCGUCAGCGUACGGUGUCUUCCUUUGUACCUUCGCCAAACCGAACGCAGCAAAUGGUUUAUCUCGCUCUGCAGGGCGGCCCUCAGCCACCUGGAUAUGCUCCGCCCUCCUCCCUCGAUCCUUCGCUCUCCGACACGUCUAGUUCCUCGCCGUCUUGCUCCUCGUCAUCGCAAUCAGGUGCUAGCACGGCGAACACGUCCAUACGGGCCCUUGGCGACAUCUCCGAGCUUCCCAGGUUCAAACCAUCGACAAUCGCCACUAAAAAACCUUUCCCAUACGGCUGGAACGCGAAGGACAUCGAAGCCGCCCUCAAGCUUUUUGACGACAACCGAUUCGCUCAUAUCAAGCCCGCCGACCGCUUCCACGCUCUCUUCGGUCCCGACAUACGGUAUAUUCGCGAGACUCUACGCGACGCAAAGACACGAUGGAGCAUGGCCGACGAUGCUUGGAAGUCCAACAUCCGAGCGAUCCCAGACACGACGGAUGGACUCUGGGACAAGGUCACGACGACCUUCAAGCUCAAGCCAUCACGCACUCGGCGACAGGUCGUCGAGAUGCACCAGGCCGAUCUCAUCAACGUGGAGACUAAUCCCCCACUGCUGUAUACAGGGUCUCACAGCGAUGUUGAUUCAGAGGGCGAUGAUGACGACGUUGUGAUGGUUGAGGCUCCAUAG